AUGCGCAAGGUUUAUGAGUUGAAGACAGUUACAUAUGGAGUGGCCAGCUCCCCGCAUCAUGCCACAAGAACCCUGGUCCAGUUGGCAACCGACGAUGGUGGAGCUUUUCCGUUGGCUGAGCAGGUGAUUCGUAAUGACAGUUAUAUUGAUGACUUUCUCACAGGCGGGGAAAGUGCAGAGGUGGUAGUGAACAUCUACAAAGAAUUAUCGUCACUACUGCAGCGUGGUGGAUUUGGAGUUCAUAAAUUUUGUACAAACGACCCAACUGUGUUGAACAACAUUCCAGAAGAACUGCGCGAAUCAUACGUCAGCUACAGCUUCGAGGAUACAGGUAUCAACAACACAAUAAAAACGCUUGGACUAAUUUGGAAUCCGCUCGAGGACUACUUCACGUUCUUUGUUCACCCGAUCAGCAACGAUGCUUCUACCACAAAACGCCAAGUGUUGUCCGAUAUCGGCCGUCUGUUUGAUCCACUCGGCUUUCUUGGACCAAUCAUCACAAGCGCCAAAUUAGUAAUGCAGGAUAUCUGGCGAUUGGGUUUGAACUGGGAUGAAGAGUUACCGAAAGAAGUUUUGCAAGAAUGGAUCCAGUUUAGACGUCAGUUACCAAUUGUCAACCAGAUGCAUAAGGAACGAUGCGUAGUACCAAGGGAUACGGCGCGAGUUGAAUUACAUGGUUAUUCGGACGCUUCUAAGAGAGCGUACGGUGCGGUUGUGUAUACUAGGUGCAUCGCAUUGGAUGGAACAAUUUCCGUGAAACUCAUCGCAAGUAAGUCUCGCGUCGCUCCGAUAAAACCUAUGACGAUUCCACGCCUUAAACUGUGUGGAGCUAAACUGUUGGCGGAGCUCGUAAAGAAAAUAGCAGUAACAAUGAAAAUCAACUUCGACGAAGUGAAUUUAUGGUGCGACAGCUCCAUCGUUUUGUGCUGGCUCAGGAAGCCGCCAUCAGCACUGAACCAAUUUGUUUCCAAUCGAGUGGCAGCAAUUGUUGAGAUGACACAAGGAUAUAAGUGGCAUUACGUUCAAUCAGCCAACAACCCCGCUGAUGUGAUUUCGAGAGGUGCUCUUCCAGAGGAACUUUUGUACAAUGUACCAUGGUGGAAGGGUUCUCCUAAUCUUCAGCAAGCAAUGCCACGAAUGGAUGAGCCUGAAAUGAUAGCAGAAAUACCGGAAUUAAGAUCAAGAACAGUUUUAGCUGCAGUGGGAGGAGAUGAUUCAAUCCCAAUGAACCGUGUCAGUGACUAUCGUAAACUGUUGAGAUCCUGGGCUUACGUCAUGAGGUUCAUCGCCAUUGUGAGAUUCAAAAAACGUGAGGUGUCUAAUAUCAGUGCUACUGAAAUGGCCAAUGCGGAACGAGUGAUAUUUUCGGUGGUUCAAGGCCAGGUGUUUGGUGACUUGUUAAAGAAACUACAGGAAGGAUCGAUGAAACGGCAUUCUUUAUCAAACUUGGCGUUAUUCAUCGGACAAGAUGGUCUAAUCCGUGUCGGAGGUCGAUUAAAGUAUUCUGCGAUUCCUUAUGAUGGAAGGCAUCAAGUAUUGCUACCAGAGCGGCACCAUGUCACCGUGUCGCUGAUACGUAAACUGCACGAAGAGCAUCAUCAUGUUGGCCAAGGAGGUUUGCUGGCGAUAGUGCGUGAAUGUUACUGGCCGCUGCGUGCGAAAUCCAUCAUCAAAAGAAUCAUUGCUGGUUGCCAAACUUGUGCUAAAUAUCGACCGAACAUCAGUAGCCAGUUCAUGGGUAAUCUCCCGGAGUGUCAAUCAAGCACCAGUAUUCUCUCGAGUUGGUGUGGACUAUGCAAGACCAUUUUUGUUGAAGCCUGA